AACUGUCUUGAAGGACAUCGAGAUUGGGUAUAACUUUGUUUGAGUUAAAGACCAAGCUUUUGUCUCCUGACCUCUCCUCUUCCCUAUAAUACACUCACCAACAUUUCUCCUCAUCAUAUGCAUAUAUCACACAUCUCUCUUUGUCUCUCACAAACUCACAACUUUGAAAAGAAAAAAAAAAUCUUGCAACCUCUGAACACUUCUUGGUUGAAAAAAAAAACCAUUGGAAGAAGAAGAACAAGAAAGGAAAUGGAAAACUAUGAUAUCUUGUGUAUUUUCAUACUAAUAGUCACCCUCUUUCUCUGUGUGUUAACUUCAUAUAGUAUUAUCCUUUUGGCUGCUGCAACAAGAAAGAAGAAAGCAAUAAAGCUCCCUCCAGGCUCAAUGGGAUGGCCAUACAUAGGCGAAACUCUUCAACUCUAUGCUCAACACCCAAACAUCUUUUACUCCCACAAACACGCUAGGUAUGGGGAAAUUUUCAAGACUAGGGUGUUGGGUUACUCUUGUGUGAUGAUGGCUAGCCCGGAGGCUGUGAGGUUCGUGCUCGUGACCCAUGCUCACCUGUUCAAGCCCACGUACCCGAAGAGCAAGGAGGAUUUGAUCGGGCCGUCGGCCCUCUUCUUCCACCAAGGAGACUACCACUUGGGCAUUAGGAAAAUGGUUCAAAGGUGCUUAAGCCCAGAGGCCAUAGCCACCUUUGUUGCAGACGUUGAGGGCAUCACGUUGUCCGUGUUGGGCUCUUGGGAGGAUGGCGAGGUCGUCACCACCUUCUCCCAGAUGAAAAAGUUGUCGUUCGAAGUUGGUAUCUUGGUUAUAUUUGGACAAUUGGAGGAUCACUACAAGGAAGAGCUAGGGAAGAAUUAUUCCAUCGUUGAGGAAGGGUUCAAUUCGUUUCCAACAAGGAUUCCGGGUAGUCGAUACGCCAAAGCUAUGAAGGCAAGAAAGAGGCUGAGCAAAACACUAAGUGAAAUUAUGGCAGAGAGGAAGGAGAAGAAGCCAUCACAGAAUGAACUCUUGAGUUGUUUCCUGGGUUCUAAAGAUGAGAAUGGAAUGUGUCUCAAUGAUGACCAAAUUGCCGACAACAUCAUCGGCGUUCUUUUCGCUGCUCAGCACACGACCGCAAGUGCCUUGACUUGGAUCGUCAAGUACCUCCACGAUGACCCCAAGCUUCUUCGCUCAGUCAAGGUUGAACAGAAAGAAAUUGGAGAAUCUAAUACGAAAGGAACUCACCAUUUGACAUGGAGAAACACCAGAGAAAUGCCCCUUACUUCCAAGGUUGUCUUGGAGAGUUUGAGAAUGGCAAGCAUUAUAUCUUACACUUUCAGAGAGGCUGUGAAGGAUGUUGAAUACAAAGGGUACCUAAUUCCUAAGGGCUGGAAGGUUAUGCCUUCCUUCAGGAAUUGUCAUCAUAAUCCAGCUUUCUUUCCUGAUCCACAGAAAUUUGAUCCUUACAGAUUUGAGAAAGCUCCAAAGCCGAAUACAUUCAUGCCUUUUGGCAGCGGCGUACAUGCCUGCCCUGGAAACGAACUUGCCAAGCUUGAAAUGUUAAUAAUGACACAUCAUCUCGUUACCAAGUUCAGGUGGGAAGUGGUAGGGGGUGAAAAUGGAAUUCAGUAUGAUCCAUACCCAGUUCCUAUACACGGGUUACCAGCCAAGUUUUGGAGGGAAUCUGAAGAAACAUGAAGCAGCAGCUUAUUCCAUCUGUUUGAUAUUUUUUGUUUAUCAAUUGUUUCCUUUUAUUGUUGUUUUCUGUGUCAGAGGAUCAUGGAUCCUGAGUAGAUUUCUAGCGAGCUUAGACACUUGUACAAUGUCUUCUACACAGCUAAAGGAUGGUGUCAAUGGAACAAAACCUAUAGAAUUUGUUUGAAUGAAUUUUAUUCCCUCCU